AUGUCACUGCUUGGCACCGCGACGAGGUCGCUCCGGUGUGGUGCCCCAGUUACUAGGUAUCUCACUGGGCUGCGUUUUGAAUCCACUUCGUCUCACCCUCUGGCAAAAACGGAUUCUUCCUCGUCACAUGAAAUAACGCCCUCUGAGCCCAAAGAACUCAUCACCGCUGAAGUUGUGAGCGGAGCUCCCCAGGAGCUGCAGCACCGUAGUGUUCGGAUCUACCUACCCACUAGGAAUACCAUGCAGUCUGGUGGUGCAAAGGGCGAAAAGUGGAGGAUCGAUUUCGAUACUCCUCAGGGAGCUGGGAGAUGGGAAAAUCCCUUGAUGGGGUGGGCCAGCAGCGCGGACUACGUUCAGGCGUUGAGGAUGCAAUUCAACACCAAAGAAGAUGCCAUCCAUUUCGCUGAGAAGCAAGGCUGGAAUUAUUAUGUCCAACCUCCAACUGUAAAGAGGAUACCGCCCAAGGCUUAUGCCGACAACUUCCUCUACUCGCCGGGAAAGCUUCGUAUAGCACAUACCAAAUAAUUAAUAGAAGCACAUUCUAUAUUUAUAUCAUGGGUUGUAGAGUUGUCGUCGCUCACCUCAGUAUCCAGUUUCCGAGCGCAUCGUCCCCUGCGUCCACUCAAGCACACCCCCGUUGAUAAUUAUCUCGUUUAGUGACACGCACUUCUCCCUGCAAAGCGCAAUGAACUCCUGUCCCCAUAUGGGACCCCUUGCAUCCCACCAAUUGAACG